AUGCCCUCGCCUCUUCGGAGCACCCGUUGCCCCCUGGGAGUUGUGGUUUCAGAGUCCUUCUGGCGCGCGGCCCUUCACAGCCGCCGUAGCCGUGGAACCCCACUCCGGGCGGGCCCGGCGAGAGGCGCAGGCGCUGACUGUAGAGCGCGGCGCCGGGCGCAGGCGCGGCGAGAGCGUGCGGGCGGCAUGUCGGCUGUCCGCUGGGGCCAUGGCGCGGCGGGGCUCGGGCGGGCGCUGUGGCCGGCGGGCCGCUACGGGCCCCCGGGCCAGGAAGGGGCCCUGGGUGGCCGCUGGGGCCGCAGAAGGAGCUCCUCCGCCAGCCCUUGUGAGCAGGAGCAAGACCGUCGGAAGGACUGGGGCCACGCGGAGCUGCUGGAGGUUCUCGAGGCACGUGUGCGCCAGCUGCAGGCUGAGUGUGUGUCAGAGGUAACCGUCAAGAGGGUGGGCUUGGCUCGAUGCUCAGAGGCUGGUGGCUUUCAGCCCUCCAGAGAGGUCCUGGAGGCGGCCCCAAGCUCUGCCCCAAGACUCAGCAGGCCUUGGGUGGACAGACUGCAGAAGGACAAGCAGAUCAUGCAGAGGCGCCAACAGAGGCUGGAGGCAAAGCUGCCAAAGCUGCAGGCACGCUACCUGAAGGCUUUCAAGCGGCCACUGCGCCUGGAGCCACAGCUGCUGGAUGAGCAGCUGGCAACCCGCCUGCAGAGCCAUGAGCUGGGGCCACCUGGGAGCCCCUGGGAGGAUCUGCUGGCCCGGCUGCUUCAGGAGGUCCCUGGGCGGCUGGGCCGCCAGGCAGAGGAGGCCCGCCUCAGGGCCAUCUCAGCACAGCUCAGGAGCCAGCAGCAGAGGAUACUGGCCUUCCUCGAGUGCUGCCUGCUCACAGGCCACCUGCCUCUGGCCCACCACGUGCUGGUCACUUACCAUAGCCGGCCCCAGCAGCAGCUCCAGCUCACGCUGGCCAUGUACAACACCGUCAUGCUUGGCUGGGCUCGUAAGGGCUCCUUCAAAGAGCUGGUUUACGUGUUCUUCAUGGUGAAAGAUGCUGGUCUUGCCCCAGACCUGCUGUCCUAUGCAGCUGCUCUACAGUGCAUGGGACGGCUGGACCACAAAGCCAGCACCAUCCAAAGGUGUCUGGAGCAGAUGGCCCAGGACGGGCUGCAGCUGCAGGACCUCUUCACGAGCCUGCCGCUUUGCAAGGAGGAGCAGGCCAUGCUCCUGAGGGCUGUGCGCAAGGCCAGGCCCAAGUUCAGGCCUCUGCCGCCCGGGCUGCAGACCCAGGCCAACACCUCACCACUGCUCAGGGAGAUCUACGAGGACCACCCUGUGCCCUUCCCAAAGCUGCCCCUGCCCCUGAAGAAGCUGGAGAGCCUCUUCAGCGAGCAGCUGCGCCUGGAGACGGCCACCACCAUCACCGUGCAGUCCGUGGAGAAGGCCCCGAAGCUGACCAGGGCGGUCCUGCAUGCGCGGAGGGCCCUGUGGAGGCUGCGCGCCCAGUGGCAGGAGACGCUGUGCCAGGCGCUGCAGGAGACCAGGGCCAAUGAGGCCCACGCCGCCUAUGAGUGCCGCCCCUCAGUCUACCCAUUCCUGUGCCUUCUCACUGACAAGGAGUGGGCGCAGCUGAUGCUGCAGGCCCUGCAGGCGCUGCCCCCGCACGGAUUGCCGCUUCUGUACAUGGCCCAGCAGCUGGGCCUCCGUGCCUUCAACCAGUACACGGUACAGAGGAAGCUGCAGGGCGACCAGAUGCGUGGGCUGGAGCGGCGCUACUCUGAGUACCUGCACCUGUUGGCGUGCGACACCGAGGUGGCGGCGCCCUGCCUGCCACGGCAGCACUGGGAGUCUCUUGGCUCGCCUGAGGGGCCCCCAGAGCAGCCCUGGCCCCUGCCCGUGGUGGUGCAGCUGGGCAAGCAGCUGGCAGAGAUGAUGGUGCGGGCCUUGGAGAUGCCCAGCUGCCUGGCGUCCCCCCGGGGCUCCCAGGUCCCCAUCCGGCUGCUCUACCACGUGUAUUCUUUCCGCAGCUUCCGCCAGAUCGGGAUCGUGAAGCCACACCCGGCCUAUGUGCAGCUGCUGGAAAAGGCCGCGGAGAACAGGCUUACCUUCCAGGCGGCGGAUGUGCCCAUGCUCUGCCCCCCGCUGCCCUGGACAUCGCCGCACUCGGGCGCCUUCCUGCUGAGCCCCACCAAGCUGAUGCGUGCGGUGGACGGCACCGUGCAGCACCAGCGCCUGCUGGAGAGCUGCCCGCCCGCUGAGCUGCACGGCGCCCUGGAUGCCCUCACCCAGCUGGGCAACUGUGCCUGGCGCGUCAACGGGAAGGUGCUGGACCUCGUCCUGAAGCUCUUCGCCGCCAAGGGCUGCCCCCGCCUGGGCGUGCCGGCUCCUACCUCUGAGGCUCCCCGGCCUCCUGAGACCCGCCUGCCCCUCGGUGCCCCGCCCGCCUCCAAGGCCCGGCUGCGGCGGGAGCUGAUCCGCUGCCUGAAGGUGUCUCGAGAGAUGCACAGCCUGCGGGUGGAGGCACUGUACCGCCUCUCACUGGCCCAGCACCUGAGGCACCGCGUCUUCUGGCUGCCGCACAACAUGGACUUCCGCGGCCGCGCCUACCCCUGCCCGCCCCACUUUAACCACCUGGGCAGCGACCUGGCACGUGCACUGCUGGAAUUCGCCCAGGGCCGGCCACUGGGCCCUCACGGCCUCAACUGGCUCAAGAUCCACUUGAUCAACCUCACCGGGUUCAAGAAGCGGGAGCCUCUGCGGGCACGGCUGGCCUUCGCGGACGAGAGGAUGGACGACAUCCUGGACGCGGCCGACCGGCCCAUGACGGGUCGGAAGUGGUGGAUGGAGGCAGACGAGCCUUGGCAAGCCCUGGCCUGCUGCAUGGAGAUCACGCAAGCUGUGCGUGCCCCCGACCCCACCGCCCAUGUCUCCCACUUCCCUGUCCACCAGGACGGCUCCUGUAAUGGCCUGCAGCACUACACCGCCCUGGGCCGGGACACCAUCGGGGCUGCCUCUGUCAACUUGUUGCCCUCAGACUUGCCACAGGAUGUGUACAGCGGGGUGGCUGCACAGGUGGAGGUGUUCCGCAGGCAGGAUGCCAGGCGGGGCCUGCAGGUGGCCCAGGUGCUUGAGGGCUUCAUCAGCCGCAAGGUGGUCAAGCAGACGGUGAUGACCGUGGUGUACGGGGUUACCCGCUAUGGGGGCCGCCUGCAGAUCGAGAAGCGGCUGCGGGAGCUCAGAGGCUUCCCCCAGGAGUUCGUGUGGGAAGCCUCUCACUACCUGGUGCGCCAGGUGUUCCACAGCCUCCAGGAGAUGUUCUCGGGCACUCGGGCCAUCCAGCGCUGGCUGACUGAGAGCGCCCGGCUCAUCGCCCGCUCUGGCUCAGCUGUGGAGUGGAUCACGCCCCUGGGCAUCCCCAUCAUCCAGCCCUACCAUCGAGACUGCAGGUACAAGGUCGUGGGCGGCAGCAUGCAGAGCCUCACCUACAGCAGCAGCAGUGACAGCUGCCAGAAGCCCAACGCGCUGAAGCAAAAGAAUGGCUUCCCCCCCAACUUCAUCCACUCUUUGGAUUCAUCACACAUGAUGCUCACAGCCCUGCACUGCUACAGGAAGGGCCUGACCUUUGUCUCCGUCCACGAUUGCUUCUGGACACAUGCAGCUGACGUGGCUGUCAUGAACCAGGUGUGCCGUGAGCAGUUCGUGCACCUCCACAGCCAGCCCAUCCUGCAGGACCUGUCCAGGUUCCUGGUGAGGCGCUUCUCCGAGCACAGGUCCCGGAAUCAGUCAAAGAACAUCUGGCUCACCAAGUUGGUGGACACACUGCAGUCGGUGCCCAAGACAGGGGAUUUCGACCUGGAGCAGGUGAAGCAAUCAACCUACUUCUUCAGCUGAAGCCCGCGCUGCCCUGUGCCAGUGUAAAUAAAGCUGUGUUGCCACCGGCG